AUGAGUGAUAAAAAGGAACAUUUCAAGAAACAUGUAGAAAAUAAACCAAUAAGGACACCUAAAACAAUGUUGAGGCAGUCUUCAAGACUUAAGAGCGACUCAUUGGGAGCCCUAGAAGAACUGGUACAAUGCGGCAUCUGCCUGGAAAAACUGUCGGACCCCCGCAUGCUCCCUUGUCAGCAUACUUUCUGCCUGGCAUGCCUGCAAACGCUGUUGACCGCCAAAAACCUGAUCGCCAAACCGGACAUGAAAUACUCGGUUUCGCGCGACAUCAAAUCCAUCAACUGUCCGAUGUGUCAAAGGACGCACGUGCUCGAUGACGGCUUGAGGUCCUUGGAUUCUCUGCCGAAGAACUUCUAUAUCGACUCGCUGCUGAAACUGCUGGCAGAGGAUAAAACGCCUACUUCGACGCAGGCGGCCUCUGCUUCUGACUAUCGAUGCAUCAAGUGCCAAACGGUUUCCGAUGGAGAAGAACACGUUUGCCAACAUUGUAUGCAGAUUUUUUGUUCAAUUUGUUGGCAAGAACACAUCAGCGAAUUGGACUCGAAAUUAGAUGCGUUAGUUAGGCAGAUAGAUGAUUCGAAAAUGAAAUUGAAGCAUAAAUCUUACAAUUUUGCCAACCGUUGCGACCUUCUGGUAGAGACUAUCGAAACAACCAUAAAAGAAAAAAUCGAAGAGCUCAAAAAAAUGGAAGGGGUGGCAUUAGAAGAAGUAAAAUUGAUAAAAGAACAAGGAAAAGUUAUUUACGAAAUGAUUGAUGCGAGGGCGGAUUCUUUGAAAGAGAAAAUACUGGUGAAUAUAAAUGAUGCUCAAGUUAGAACAAACAAGAUAAGCACUUACAUGAACGUUCGCAAGGAAACUGCAAGACUCUUAGAAGAAAUCAACCACUACGGCGAAGGAAGAGUAAUGUUCGAUCCGGAAAAAGUAAAAAUAGAACAAGACGAAGAAGGAAUUUACAACGACAUCCUGGACAGCGACAAUCUAAAACACACCCUCGUCGAAAACCCAUACGAAAGUGUCGCGUCCAUGAUCAACUACUACAAAAACAGAUCGUUCACCCCGAAACUCAUAUGGACCAAAUGUCCUAGACCUGGCGGGGUAGCAAUACCCCCUUGGGACACCACCAAGAUCUACGUGGCAGCCACAGACACCAACCAAAUCCUCAUCCUCGACAGAUCCAAGUUCAAGCUCAUCGGCAGAAUCACUUACCCUGACAUGCUAUGCCCUACAAAUCUAGCAUUCUGCGAAACCUCAGAAGAAAUGUUCGUCACCGAUAAGUGGAAGCACUGCAUACACGUCUUCUCGAACGAGAAUGAGUACAUGCGCACUCUGAACAAACCAAAACUGAGGAGCCCCGAUGGCAUCGCAAUGGGCCCCGAUAACAAUCUCAUAGUCUGCGAUACCGGGAACAACAGGGUGGUAACCAUAGACCCUGAAUCAGGGACACUGCUCGGCACCAUAGGCACAAAUGAACUACACAUGCCUACUAGCGUUGCUGUGCACGGCACGAAUAUCAUGGUGGCCGAUACUGGCGACAACAAAAUCAAGAUUUUCAACACCAAGGGGGUUCUUCUGAGGGAAAUAGGGCGACUCGGGAGGAACAAAGGGGAGUUUAGAUCGGCCGAGGUGGUGGCUGUGGAUUGUUUAGGGUUCAUUCAUGUAGGGGAUGCUGGGAAUGCCAGGAUACAAGUUUUCCAGCCUGACGGCAGCUUGGUGAGGAUACUAGGGAGCAAAGAAGGGUUCGGGUGGAUAUCUGGGGUGUAUGUUACUCCCGAGUUGGAUAUUAUUACCACCGAUAGUCGAAGCAGAAGUCUCAGGAUAUUCUGA